CAAAACUUAAGUUGAUAUUUUUUUACAUGCAGGUUUCUACAAUCCAAGAACUUGUUACUGGUUAUGAAGCCUCUUUGAAAACUUGUGAUCUUUUUAGUACGUGUGAAAAUGGAGAGAAAGAGCCCCCAACGACACUGCUUUGGGUUCGGUAUUUCCUGGCACAGCACUUUGACAAACUUGGCCAGUGUUCUUUGGCCUUGGAUUACAUUAAUGCUGCAAUUGCAAGCACUCCAACAUUAAUAGAACUGUUCUAUUUAAAAGCAAAAAUUUACAAGCAUGUAGGUAACCUCAAGGAAGCUGCCAAAUGGAUGGAUGAAGCACAGUCUUUGGAUACUGCAGACAGAUUUAUCAAUUCUAAAUGUGCGAAAUAUAUGCUGCGAGCAAAUAUGGUGAAGGAUGCCGAGGAGAUGUGCUCUAAAUUCACAAGGGAAGGAACUUCUGCUAUGGAAAAUCUAAAUGAGAUGCAGUGUAUGUGGUUCCAGACUGAAUGUGCUGCAGCUUACCAAAGGCUAGGGAAGUAUGGUGAUGCCUUGAAAAAAUGCCAUGAGGUAGAAAGGCAUUUUUUUGAGAUAACGGAUGAUCAAUUUGACUUCCACACAUACUGCAUGAGAAAGAUGACUCUUCGUGCCUAUGUAGACCUUUUGAGAUUAGAAGAUGUGCUUCGGAAACAUGCCUUUUACUUCAGGGCUGCUCGAUCAGCAAUUGAAAUCUACUUGAAGCUUCAUGAUAAUCCUCUUACCAAUGAAAGCAAAGAACAAGAAGUGAAUUCAGAAAAUCUCUCAGCCAAAGAAUUGAAGAAAAUGCUUAGCAAGCAAAGAAGAGCGCAGAAGAAGGCAAAACUUGAAGAAGAAAGAAAACAUGCAGAAAGAGAGAGACAACAAAAGAAUCAAAAGAAAAAGAGAGAUGAAGAGGAGGAGGAAACUAGUGGACCCAGGGAAGAGCUAGUUCCUGAAAAACUGGAAAGGGUAGAAAAUCCAUUAGAAGAAGCCAUUAAGUUCCUUAUACCACUUAAGAAUCUUAUUGGAGAUGACAUAGAAACACAUUUAUUAGCAUUUGAAAUAUAUUUUAGAAAAGGAAAGUUUCUGUUAAUGUUACAGUCUGUCAAAAGAGCUUUUGCUAUCAACAGUAAUAACCCGUGGCUACACGAAUGCUUGAUUAAAUUCUCUAAAGCUGUAUCUGACCACAGUAACCUCCCAGAAAUUGUGAGCAAGGUCCUAACUCAAGAAAUGCAGAAAAUCUUUGUUAAUAAAAACUUGGAAAGUUUUAAUGAAGAAUUUCUCAAACACAAUGCUACCUCCAUUCAGCACCAGCUAUCAGGUGCAAAGAUGAUGUAUUUCCUGGACAAAUCAAGACAAGAAAAAGCAAUUGCUGUUGCUACUAGGUUGGAUAAAAACAUGAGAGACAGAAAUGUGAAGACAUUAACAAAGGUUUUUGAGGCACUGCUUGAUGGCAGUUUUGGAAGCUGCCACACUCAAUGUGAAGAAUAUCAAGCAGCAUGUCAUAAACUGUUUCCUUUUACGACUGCCUUUAUGCCUGCCACGAACAAGGAUGAUAGCGGCAUUGCAUCUGUGAAUCACACAGCCCUUAACCAUGAUUUGCUGUCUAAUGAAAUUUGAGGUAGUCUGUGCAAGCCUGUGUGCAUGUAUACCUGCGUGCACAUAUGUAUAUGAAACUCUGACUCUCAUUACAUGCUGGCUGGAUACAGAUCAGGGUUACUUUUCCAGGUUGUAUUUUAAUAUCUUUAACAGGUAUAAAACAAAAUAUUUGGAUAGUUAAAUGAAAUGGAGUAUGCUCUUAGUUAUUUUUUUCUCCCAACAAAAACUGCCAAUAUUUAUGUAAACAUUACCCUUAAUCAGCAUUUUUCAUGUUUAUACUUGUACAGUUUUAAGUCUUUUAAUAAUCCGUCAGCCCUCCCUCACAAAAAAAAUGGAUGUUAAAGACUGCUUUCACAUAAGUGUCAUUACAUAUACAGAUAAAUGUGAUAUCUUGUUAAUAAAUUACCAUUUGAGUGUUUUUAGCAGAUAAAGACUGAAGUGCUGCUUGAAUUACCCUCUUCAUCUUUUACUGUUCUUUAGGGUUUUCCUGGUUGUUUUGUUCUUGGCUUUUUUAAAUUUUAUUUUCAUCUUUGGUCAGUUUGGUUUCUUUUGAAGCACAGUGACAAUGAAAGCAUUGGGGGUUUGCAUGUUUUUGUCAGGUGUGUGUCUUAUAUGGAACCAGUGUUCAUGGACAUGAAGGUUAGGUUUGUGAAGAAAAAAAAAAAACUAAGGCUUUCUGAAAACUCUCCUGUCUACCUUGUGUUCCAUAGCUUUUUCUUUUCUUAAGUUCAUGGUCAGUUUAACAUGUUUGAGUAUCCUGAAGCAAUUCCCUGUGAAAAUAUAAUUAAUUUGAUACUGUUGUUUGUCCUUUGUUCCAUCUUCCCCUUCCUCCUCUUCUGGUUUCUCCCCAUC